AUGGAUGAGAAGAGUGAGAGAAGAUGGCUCAAUCGAGGCCGUUCUAAAAACAACACAGCCGAGGACAAAGAUGCCAAGAAGUCUCAAUCCAUCACCAUCACGAACGACAAGGGGCGUCGAAGCCAAGAGGAGAUUGACAGGAUGGUGAGAGAAGCCGAAAUGUUCACACAAGAGGAUGAGAAGAUCAAGGAGAGGAUCGGCGCAAAGAACAGAUUCGAAAAUUAUGUUCAUAACAUGAAAAGCACGAUCGAUGAUAAGGACGAGCUCGCUGACGGGAUUGAAUCGGAUGACAAGGAGACAAUGGAGAGCGCAUUGAAGGAAGCCAUGGAGUGGUUAGAUGACAAUCAGAAAGCAGAAAAGGAAGACUAUGAUGAUGAGAAGCUGAAGGAGUUGGAGCAGGUCUGCAAUCCUAUCAUUAAGGAAGGUGUAUGA